CCAGGAUGGCCUCGUCUAUGAGCGGGAUGUUCUCCGGUCAGCAGCCGCCCGGUGCUCAUCCCGUGGGGGGUCCCGGUGGACCGGGGCAGCCGGGCUUCCCCGGUACCGUCCCCCGAGCCCCGGGAAACAACACGUUGGUGGAUGAACUGGAGGCUUCCUUCGAGGCAUGUUUUGCUUCGCUGGUCAGCCAAGAUUACGUUAAUGGAACUGACCAGGAGGAGAUUCGAACUGGUGUUGACCAAUGCAUACAGAAGUUUCUGGACGUGGCUCGACAGACAGAGUGUUUCUUCUUACAGAAAAGGCUUCAGUUAUCGGUGCAGAAACCAGAGCAGGUGGUAAAAGAGGAUGUGUCAGAGUUACGUAACGAGCUACAGAGGAAAGAAUUGCUGGUUCAGAAACACUUGUCCAAACUGCACCACUGGCAACAAGUGCUCGAGGAUGUUAGCGUCCAGCACCGCAAACCCUCAGACCUCCCCCCUCCUGGACCACUGGCCUUCCUGGAGCAGGCCUCAGCCAGUCUGCCCCCCGCCCCUUUAAAACCAAACUAACACACACCAAAGGUACGAUCACGUUAGUCUUCUGGUACGUUAAAUUUCUCCAUACUCAGAGUGUGAUGUUUUGUUUUUGAUGUGAGCGAUAAACAAACUGAAGUGUGAGACGCACGCUCGUUUUUAUCAAUCGGGCUUGAUUUGAAUUGAAUUAGAGAUGAAGCAAAUAUUUGCAAGACAGAAGAGUAAUGUGACCGUACCUAAACACAAGAGGUGAACACACACCACAUACGUCGUGUGAUGCCCUCUGUAGAGUGAAAACUAAAGGAACUGUUUGCUGUCACCAGCUGUGGCAAAAUGAAGUCAUUUUUUAAUGUUUUUUUCAGUAUUUUGUUCAUGUAAAUAUUUUUGUUGUUGACUUUUU